ACAAUCCCGCAAUUAGAAAUAAAACUGGAGGACCAGAAAGAACAGACAAUGUGUAGUGUGGCGGCGGAGGAGAACAAACGAAAACUGUUCUGCGAAGGAAAUGGGGAGGUGAUCUCUGUGAUUUGUGACGAAACCCUGGGGCACAGAUCUGACAUGUUCAUGCCUGUGGAGGAUGCUGCGCAGGAAUAUGAGAUGGUCCCUUCGGGGGUUGCUUAUAAACAGCCAUACAAAGAGACGUCUCCACCUAAAAAAAGGAAAGUUGACGACGAACGUCGCCGAUUCCAAGAUAAAUGGACUGUGGAUUAUUUUGUCAUCGGGUGCAAACAGAGUGCUUCAUGCUUGAUCUGCCAACACAGAGUUUCCGUUUUAAAAGAGUACAAUAUUAAGCGACAUUACACAACGAAACAUGCACAGCUCUAUGAUAAAUUUCAGGGAGAAGAGAGAGAGAGGAUGGUCUUACAACUGAAAAGAGAAGUAGUGAAGCAGCAGCAGCUUUUUCAGAAAGUGAGAAAAGAGUCAGCGGUUUUGGCAAGUUAUGCCGUGAGUGAAAUGAUUGCGAAGUGUGGGAAGCCAUUCACUGAUGGUGAAUUCAUUAAACAGUGUAUUGUUAAAGUCAGUGAGUUUGUCUGUCCCGAUAGGAGAGAUGUUUUCAGCAAUAUCAGCCUAUCUCCAAAUGCAAUAGCAGAGCGUAUUCUUGAGCUCUCUAAAGACAUCGAUGGGCAGCUCAUCGAAAAAAGCACAACUUUCUGUGCCUAUUCAAUCGCAGUCGAUAGUACCAGUUUGAUUGACAGUCCGCAGCUUGCGAUAUUUGUGCGAGGCGUUGAUGAAAACUUUGCUGUAACCGAAGAAUUACUCAGCUUGGCAACAGUGCGUGGUAGAACAACUGCCAAUAAAAUUUUUCACUGCCUCACAGAAGCACUGGAACAACAUGGUCUCCCGUGGCACUUGUUAGCGGGCUUAACCACUGAUGGAGCCCCAGUAAUGGUCGAUCCACAAAACGGAUUGGUACCGCUAGUGCAAAGAAAGAUGACUGAGGAAAACACUGAGCAACCAGUAGUGUUACAUUGCAUCAUUCACCAGCAAACAGUGUGCAGUAAGUCUUUGAAAUUUGACAACGUCUUGUCGGUGGUUGUGAAAUGCAUGAAUUUCAUUCGCUCGAGGGGCUUACAGCGCAGACAACUGCGUGCUUUCUUAGAGGAAAUCGAAUCUAAAUACGGCGACAUGCUCUACUUCACUGAGGUGUACUGGCUGAGCAGGGGUUCUGCUUUAAAGAGAUUCUUUGAAUUGAAAACAGAGGUGAAAAGGUUCAUGGAAGAGAUUAAAGUGCCUGUACCAGAAUUUGAAGACCCUAGAUGGAUGACGGAUCUUGCUUUCCUUGUUGAUGUCACACAGGAGCUGAAUAUCCUAAAUUUGAAGCUGCAAGACUCCGAUCACCUGGUGACAGCAGUGUAUGACAAUGUGAGAGCAUUCACAACAAAGCUAAAAUUGUGGAAAAAUCAGAUUUCUCAUGGGAAUCUCACUCAUUUCCCAACGUGCAAGUCACUUGUGGAAGAGCUUGGCCCUGAAACAUCGUUCAGUGGUCCUGUAUAUGCUAAUAAGCUUGACCUGCUUCUGCAAGAAUUUGAUCAGCGGCUUGCAGGCUUCAAAAUGCACAAGGAAAGCUUCAAUAUGUUUGCAAACCCAUUUUCGGUCGACGUGGAAACCGUGCCGUGUGAUUUACAAAUGGAGCUCAUUGAUAUGCAGUGCAAUUCCUCUUUAAAGACUAAAUUCAGAGAAACAGAGGAUGUCAUAGAGUUCUUCAAACAGCUGCCACCGUCAUUCCCAAAUCUUUGCAAAGCCUUCAGAAAAAUCAUGUCUUUGUUUGGCAGCACUUACAUUUAUGAGACUCUUUUUUCUGCAAUGAACAGAUUAAAACACCGAACUCAGCUCUCCGAUGCACACCUGGCGGCCACCAUGAAGGUUUCAACUGUUCAGUCCCUGAGGCCAAACAUCCUCAGACUGACAGAACUGAAGUGUUUCCGAGUGUCUGGCAAACGCUGAAGCCUCUACGGCAGGCGAAGGGUUGUAUAAAUUUGUAUGACAAGGGUUUUGGGGGUUUUUUUCAUUCUAAGAAAUUUGAAAUAAAAAAUACAAUACACUUUUUUUUUCCCUCCGAACACCAUCUUCAGUGACAUUAUUGGACCGCUGGGAGGAUUUGAGGACUGGCCCUAAGGUAAAUUGAGUUUGAGAUCCCCUGCUGCAAAGUCGAAAUUACAUCAAAGCAAUGUAAUAUCUGGCAGUCAUGAGCUAAUAAUGCCCACCGCCGCCAGAUAAAGAAGCGGAUCUUAAGAUGCUGAAAGUUUGAGAGAAGUUACUUAUCAACUGUUGUGAUUUAUGGUUCCUACUUUUCUAUUAUUUAUCUGGAUUAUCUUUGAUUCUUGGGUUGUUUCUGCCUGUUGCGUAACUAAUUUUGCAAGUGUUCGGUCAACAAGAGUGGUGAGGUAUAACUGGUUACAUAAUUAAUUUCAUAAUGGGGUAGGUUUCAUUCAGAAAUACUGUUGUGUUAAAAAGAUUAUGGUGCAGCUAAGCGGGGCUCCAGUUUAACUGUGUAAAUUGGGGUGGAAAAGGAAGUUCUUUGGAACCUCGUUCCAGGGCAAAGCCCAAGAUGAGAACUGCCAGACCUCAGUACGCUGCCAACUAUAUUGCGCAAGAACACCAGACACCCUGAUUCUGGUUGGUCAGUAGGAAAACCUUGUUGGCCUUAUUGGGAGUGGUGGGCAUUUUAUGCUUAAGAACAUAGGAACGGCCAUAUUGGGUGAGACCAAAGGUCCAUCCAGCCCAGUGUCCUGUCUGCUGAUAGUGGCCAAUGUCAGAUGCUCCAGAGGGAGGGAACACAACAGGGAAUCAUCAUGUGAUCCCUUCCCUGUUACCACCUCCAGAGAAAUUCCUACCCAUCCUGGCUAAUAGCCAUUGAUGGACCUGAAUUUAUCCAGUUCU